AUGCCAAUAUACCUCCUCCUACUCCUCCUCACCACCCUACUCCCCACCCAAGCCCUAACAUGGCACUCCCUCCUCUACGACACUGGCCUGCUGGGCGCCCACCCCGUCCGAAAAUACGAAUCCGUGGACCUGGUCCCCCCGGAGCUCAACAUGCUCGCCUGGGACCCGCGCUGCGAAGACAAGUACGUCUUCUUCAGUCCGCGGGGCCAUUUCUACCCGCAGCCGGGGCCGCUCAUCUUCGACAAUAAGGGGGAGCUGGUGUGGAUGGCGAGUGAGUUUGGCAUGGUCAUGGACUUUCGAGUGCAGCGGUAUCGGGGCGAGGAUUAUUUGACGUUUUGGGCUGGGGAGGACGAUGGGACGAGGGGGUUGGGGGCGUAUUAUAUGCUCGACUCAACCUACACCCCAACCCACACCAUAACCGCCGCCAACAACCAAGCCGGCGACAUCCACGAAUUCCAGCUCACAGACGCCGGCACAGCGCUAAUAACCAUCUACGAGAUCCGGGCCUUCGACCUCACGCCGCUCGACGGGCCCGCAGACGGGUGGAUCUACGACUGUCUCUUCCAAGAGGUCGACGUCGAGAGCGGCGCGCUGCUCUUCUCCUGGCGCGCCAGCGACCACUACAACAUCACGGAGAGCUUCUUCCCGCUCAACAGCAAGGGGACGGCGAACUCGAGCAACGCCGCGUACGACUUCUUCCACAUCAACAGCGUGGAUAAGCUCCCCAACGGCCGGUAUCUGGUGUCGUCGCGGUACAUGCACACGGUGACCUGCAUUGGGCCCGAGGGACAGGUGUUGUGGUGGCAGCAUGAUGCGAAGUGGGUUCCUGGGGAUACGGGCGAUGUGAUUACGGUGUUGGAUAAUGGGGCGAAUGACCAUGUUAUGGAUGAGGAGUAUAGUCGUGGGUUGGUGGUUGAGCUGGAUGUGGGCAAUUGGACGGCGAGGGUCAGGACCGUGUACCCGGCGCCGGGGGGCUUCAGUGCCCAUUCACAGGGCAAUGUGCAGGUGCUGCAGGAGUCUGGGAAUGUGUUUGUUGGAUGGGGGAAGGCGGCGGCAUAUACGGAGUUCAGUGCCCGUGGCGACGUGCUGUGUCAUACGCAUUGGGGCCCGCGGAUGUUCUUCGCGCUGGGCUGGGUCAAGUCGUAUCGCACGUAUAAGGCUGGCUGGGUUGGGAGGCCGGGCCAGCCGCCCGAUGUGGCGGUUGAUCUGGGUUCAAGGACGGUGUUUGUGAGCUGGAAUGGGGCGACCGAUGUGGCCGGAUGGGUUGUGCAGAGGGUGUGGGAGAAUGCUACGGAGGAGCAGGUCGAGACGGUGGAGUAUGUGCCCAAGACAGGGUUUGAGACGGCCAUUGAGAUGGGUGAGGCGGAUGGGUACUGGAGGUUGGUUGCGGUGGACUUCACGGGUGAGGAAUUGGGCUCUACAGAGGUGUUUCGGCUGGAUGAUUCGGAGACUAGGAUUCUCAUUGCGGGAGAUGAAGGCCUGCUGUAUAUGCUUGUCCCUGCUUGUGCUGUCGGAGCUAUACUAGCUGUUCUAUGGCAGACCAGGAAGAGGAUCUCAAUGGGGCUGCGUUAUCUUGCUUCUCGACGGCUCUAUUGA